CUGAGGAUCCCCCGCUGGUCCGAAGAGGUGCAGCUGUUGAAAGAGGAGAUGAGGAGAGUCCGAAAAACCCUAGACUGGGAGGCUCGACAGUGGGAGGGUUGUACGGAGUCCUGGACAGUCAACGCUGCUGUAACAGAAGGUAUCAAGGGUUAUGCUACGCGGCAGGCGCAGGUGCGGAGAGAUUUGCUUGCCCAUUUUACGAGGAUGUGGGACAAGCCACUGGUUCCUGUGGUGAAUGACGAGGACAGCGGGGAGGCCCCUCUCACGGCCCUGGACCCUAGUCUUGAGAUGUUGGUGGAGGAGGAGGAUUGA